AUGCGCGAUUAUUUUCUGUCUCCAAAGCCUUUCUCCCAGGCUUCUCCAACCAAUUUUUUCUUUCUUUCUUUCUUUCUUUCUUUCUUUCUUUCUUAUUUCAUUACCGUCUCCUUUAUUUCUUAUUCAUUUCCUCUUUUUCCUGUUCGCCCCCCUUCCGUUCCUCUUUCUUUCUUUCUUUCUUUCUUUCUUUCUUUCUUUCUUUUAAUUCUAGUUUCUAUUAUAGAUUUUUUUUCUUUCUUUCUUUCUUUCUUUCUUUCUUUCUUUCUUUCUUAUUCCAUUACCUUCUUUUUUUUUUCUUAUUUAUUUCCUCUUUUCCUGUUCGCCCCUCCGUUCCUCUUUCUUUCUUUCUUUCUUUCUUUCUUUCUUUUAAUUCUAGUUUCUAUUCUAGAUUUUUCUUUCUUUCUUUCUUUCUUUCUUUCUUUCUUUCUUUCUUUCUUUCUUUCUUUCUUAUUCCAUUACCUUCUCUUUUUUUUCUUAUUUAUUUCCUCUUUUUCCUGUUCGCCCCCUCCGUUCCUCUUUCUUUCUUUCUUUCUUUCUUUCUUUCUUUCUUUCUUUCUUUCUUUUAAUUCUAGUUUCUAUUCUAGAUUUUUCUUUCUUUCUUUCUUUCUUUCUUUCUUUCUUUCUUUCUUUCUUUCUUUCUUAACCUCACCCAUCCGCUUUCCUUUUUUUUUUUUUUUUUUUUUUUUUUAA